GGUUCACAACCUCGCGUAAACACCCACGAAAUUCUCCGCAAAAGAUAAAAAUAAAAUAAAAUAAAACCCACCCCCCUUCUCCUCUCCUCCAUCUCCUCGCUUCGUCCCGUUCACACCACCACCGUCUCGUCGCCUCGUCGGCGGCGUCUCCUCCGCGCGAGGGUCCCCCCCCAAACCCUAGCCGCCGCCAUUGCCACGCGCGCGCCCCCCACCCCACGAAUGGAAGGAGGCGGAGGCGGAGGCGGAGGCGGUGGCGGAGGUGGAGGUGGAGGAGGCGGAGGCGGGGCACCGUACGCCACGCGCACGGCGGAGGAGGUCUUCCGCGACCUCCGGGGCCGCCGCGCCGGCAUGAUCAAGGCCCUCACCACCGAUGUGGAGAAGUUUUACAAGCUCUGCGACCCUGAAAAGGAGAACUUGUGCCUUUAUGGAUAUCCUAAUGAAACAUGGGAGGUGACCUUGCCAGCUGAGGAAGUGCCCCCAGAGAUCCCUGAACCAGCAUUGGGAAUCAACUUCGCUAGGGAUGGCAUGAAUGAGAAAGACUGGUUGGCGUUAGUCGCAGUUCACAGUGAUUCCUGGUUACUGUCUGUUGCAUUCUACUUUGGAGCCCGAUUUGGUUUUGACAGAGAAGCAAGGAGGCGACUCUUUAAUAUGAUAAACAAUUUGCCAACAAUAUUUGAGGUAGUGACAGGAGCCGCUAAGAAGCAGGCGAAAGAAAAGACUCCCAACAGUAGUAGCAAGAGCAACAAGCCUAGUUCGAAAGUGCAGUCAAAAGCUGAGUCUCGUUCGAAAUCUAAGCUGUCAGCCCCCAAGGAUGAAGAGGGAAGUGGUGAUGAUGAGGGAGAGGAAGAGGAGGAUGACCAUGACAACACUUUGUGUGGGACCUGUGGAACCAACGAUGGCAAGGACGAGUUCUGGAUCUGUUGCGAUAACUGCGAGAAGUGGUAUCAUGGGAAGUGCGUCAAGAUCACACCCGCUCGUGCCGAGCAUAUCAAGCAGUACAAGUGCCCGGACUGCACCAACAAGAGGGCCCGGGCAUGAGUAACAAGAAGCUGUGUCGAACUGUGUUAGAGUGGAGUUGUCAAUCUCCGGAUGUCAUGAUCUCUUAGAUAUUAUCUUGCCCUAGCUUUUCUAGUUUGUAAGCUUGUCUCUAAUUUAAUUUUAAACUGUAACUGUUGAUUAACCUACCUGUGUUUAAAGCUUCAUCUUUCCUGUGUUAAUUCUAGCAUUCAUAGUGUGUAAACUUGCACAUCUUGUGUCAACUGAAGCCUGAAGGUACGGCGGCUCCCCUGACCA